AUUACAGGACUGCAUGUAGCAUAAUACUCCUAUUCAAUAAUUAAUAGCGAGUAAGGAGUAUUACACUUGCAAGUGAUUUCUUAAUGGAUUCAGGGAAGUGCAAAGCCCUUAUUGACUGGGUGAAUUCAACAGGAAUAAAGUCGAAUGUGGAUAAUUUUCAGCAACUUUCUGACGGAAUCAUCAUAACAGAAGUUAUAAAAUGCAUGCAACAAAAUCCAACAGAUUUUUCUGGCAUGACCAUUCCGUAUUGCAACAACAACUCUCCAUGGACAACUAUUCUUGAAUAUCUAAAAGCCUCAAAUUUGAGAUACUCUGUACAACAUAUCGAAUGGUCAUCUCUGGAGAAUGGGAAUGAAAAUGAAAUUGCUAAGGUUCUACUUCUUCUCCUUUCAUUGUCAAUAUCUUGCCCAAACAAAGAGAAAUUAAUUUCUGAAAUGACGAACCUUGAUUAUGAAUCACAAGUUCAUCUUCGACAUAUUAUAUCAGAAGCACUUGUUGAAGGAAAUCCUACUCAGAUUCAAUACCAUUUAUUUGACGUUAUGAUGCUCAAAGCUCCUACAUCUGAACAACAAGAAUUGGAUUUUUCAGAUUCGCCAGCUCCAGCUCCCUCAGUGGUGAUAUCAGAACAUGAGUCUAUAACUCCAAUUCAUAAUCGUUCAAUCCAACUUGGAUCAAGAGGAUUGUUCAAAACUCCGGUGAAACAGAUAUUUCGGUCCUUGGAGGAAGAAGAGGUUUAUUUCUCAGUACCUGCCAGUUGUCCACCAUUACGGAGAGGAAAUCCUAGACAUAAUAUUCAAGAUAUGCCAUCAUUUAAUGCAUCUGCAGAAUGUUCUCCGAUGCAGGAAUUCCUUUCAAGUCCAGUUAUUAAUUAUCGAAUAAAGAUUCGAGACUUGGAUCAGAAAAUUGUUAUUUUAGAAAAAAAUCUUCACGCUGAACGACUCGCUAAAGAAGAAAUUCAAAAACUUCUUUCAGAAAAGGAUUCAUCAUUAGAACAGCUGGAACGUAAAGUUCGAGAAAUGUCUCGAUGUUCUGUUGAAAAACAACAAUUAUUUGAUGAAAUCGACGAACUGCAUAAUAUUAGAUUGGAAAGAGAUGCUUUAGAGAAAGAAAACUCAAAACUGAAGCAUCGUCUGGAGAAAUAUGACACUUCUUCUUACGAUAGUAAAGACUUAAAAAGAGAUUUGGACAAUUUAACAAAACAGAAUGAGGAACUUUCUAAGCAGAUCAAAGUUUUAAAAUCCAAUCAAUUUGAAGUCACAGAAGAAAAGGAAGAAAUGAGAGAAUUAGAAGAAUCUUACAAAAGUUUGCAAGAGAGAUAUACUGUUCAGGAGCAGGAAAUAUCCCAUCUUAUGACUCAACUUCAUAAAUUAAAAUCACAAAACAUUGAACAGAAGGAACAUUAUGAAUCAAGAAUUUGUGAUUAUGUUGAAAUCAUCGAAAAUAAAGAUUCAUCAUGCGUUGAAAAUGAAGGAGAAUCGAUGGGAAUAUUUAUGGAGCAUCGGGUGUUGGAAUUACAAGAGACAAUUAAAGAGAUGGAGGAAAACUGGAUGAAACCAGAUAUUGCUGCAAAAAUCCAGUCUGAUUUGGAUGCAACGAAGGAAACCAUGGGACAGUAUCAGACAAAAUUGCAAUCAGUAAAUAGUGAAAAAUUAUCACUGGAAGAGGAAAUUUGUCAACUACAACAAGAAUUGACUGGAAAAACAGGCGAAAUCAUGGAAUCAAUGAAAAAAUUAGCUUCGGCGAAUCAAAAGCUGAAAAAUUCGGAAUCAGCAAGUGAAGUAUCGAGAGUAAAAUUGGAUGCCCUUACAGGAGACAAAGAGUCUUUGAGGAAUCGAAUCAAAGAUCUUGAAACCGAAGUGAGAGAAUCAAACACGAACUUAUCGAAACUACAAGUCGAGUUAAAUUUAAGCAAGACUGAAAAUGAAAACAAAGCAAUUGUGCUUGAAAGUCAUGUAAGAAGAUUAAGUGAUUCCAGUCAAAAAAUUACCACUUUUGAACAGCAAUGUCGUACUCUUGAAUCUGCUCUUGCUGAAAAAGAUUCUAAACUUGCUGAGAUGAAAAAAGAUUCAGAUAAUCGCUUCCAUUCUCUGGAAAAGAUGAUGACUAGUGAUCAGCGUCAGAUUUCAAAACUAGAGGAACAACUGAAAAUUUUACAACACGAGAAAGAAUCUUCAUUGGAAGAGAAUCAAAAUCUAAGGAAAGAAAUUCUUAUGAAUAAUCAGUCUCUUGCAGUAUCAAAUCAAGAAGUAGAUUCUCUCAAAGAUGAAGUGAAGAGGUAUCAUUCAGCUUGUGCAGAAUUAGAAGAAUCGUGUAAGAUUCUUCAUAUUAAGUUGAAUGAUUCAAGAUCUAAAAAUGAGGAGAAUCUUAAGAUGAAGGAAGAAGAAAUUGUCAAGUUGCAGGAAAAGAAAACAUCUGAUGAAGAAAUGAUUCUCACUUUGACGAAUGAAUCUGAGGAAUUUAAAAAACAGCUUGAGGAAGUGGAGAAUAUGUUAAAAGAAGCAAAUAAUGGUUUAACUGAAUGCUGUAAUGCUACAAAUCAGUUGGAAGAAAAAGUAGAAGAAUUGAUGAAUGAUAAUGUUUGUUUAGAAGAAAAAUUGAAGGAUUCUCAAGCCUCUUUUGAAAUUCAGGAAACCUCUCAUUCCAAACUGAAAAAAGCACUGGAGGAUGCGGAUAAAAAUCAUGUCUUAGAAAUGAAGAAGAUGAAAGAUGAGCUCAGUCAUCUUAAUAAUGAGAUUCUGGGUAAAGAGGAGAGAAUCUCUGUGUUGGAAAAUGAACUUCGUUCUCGAGAUGACACAAUCAAAGAUCAGUCCUGUAAAUUUGAAGACAAAUCAUCGAGAAUGCAGGAGAAAUUACAGGAAUCUGAAGAGAAAAUCGACGAGGCAAUAAAAUGUAAUAUCAAAAAGGAUUCUGAAAUUGCAAAACUAAAGCAGAAAUUGUCAGACGCUCACGAGGAAUAUGCUAGAGAAUCUUCAUUAUUGAGAACCAAUUUAGAUGACAAAAUAUCCCAGUUGGAAGAAAGUGAGAGGAAUGCGGAAAGAACGGAAGAAGCUUUAAAUGAAUUGCUUGUCAGCAAUCAAGAUGAAAACAUGUUGAAGGAGAAGGUACAGGAUGCUCAUCUACAAGAACUUAAGGAUAUUGUUGAGGAAAAAAUAAGGAAGAUUUCAGAACUAGAAGCUGAUUUGAACAAUAAAUCUGAAAUGUUUUCGAAUGAUAUUUUUGCCAAAAAUAAUGAAAUUAAUAUUUUGAAAAGUGAUAUUUCCGAAUAUGAAAAAGCUAUUCUGGAAAUAAAGUCUGAUUUAGAAUCUGGAAAAUCGCAAUUCACCAGUUUUCAAGAAACGUCAAAUAUUGAAAUGGAGUCCCUACGAGAGAAGAAUUCAUCACUGACUUGUGAUCUUGAAAAAUCGUGUAACGUUCUUGAAAAAACACAAACAGAAUUGGAAAAAGUUAAGAUGAAAUUAGAUAAAAUGGAAAAUGAGGAAAUUGUCAAUCUUCAGGAUAACUUUCAACAGAAGACUGAUGCGUUGAAAUUGAUUCAAGAUGAACUUGAAAAGAGUCAAGUCCGAGAAAAUCAGUAUAAAGAAGAAAAUAAUGAUUUACUCCAGAAAAAUACGGAGUUUACGAAUGCGAUCAAUUCAGUUGAGAAACAGCUAGAGGAUCUUAAGAUUUCUGAACAGACGAUCCGGGAGGAAAAUAAUAUUCUUCUAGCAAAAUUGCGAAAGGAUGCAGUAUCACUUGAAUCGAUGCGGUCCAACCUGGAAAAUUCUGAAUUGUCAGUGGAGAAUCAUCAGGGAAGAAUUGAUGAAUUACAGAAGAUGUUGGAGGAAGCUAAUGAAGUAAUGGAAAACAGAAUUAAAGAUUCUCAGGAUGAGAAUAAGAGAAUCAAUGAUGAUCUUGAAGUUGCUCAGAAGAAGAUUCUAGCUCUAGAAGGAGAAAAGGUAUCACACUUGGAGGAAGUUUCCUCUAGAGAUGAGAUGUUGUUAAGACUACAGGAGGAAUCCAAAUGUAAAGAAGACAAAAAUAUAAAGAAAUUUCACGAAUUAGAAGAAACAAUGCAAAAGAAAAUGGAGACUGAAACUUUUAUGUGGGAGGAUAAGUUGAACAAAGAGAAAGUUAUAUUACAAGAAGAAAUUGAUUCUCUUGAAUCUAAAUUCCAGGAGAAAUGUAAAGAACUUAAAAAAAUGCAAGAAGAGAAUUCAAAGAUUGUCUUGAAAAAAGAAUCUUUGGAAAUUAAAAUUGCUGAUAUAAUAUCAGAGCAUCAAGUUGAACAUAAUUCUGUUUUGGAUAAUUUGAAAAUAAAAGAAACAGAAAAUGACGUAUUGCGUUGUAAAGAUAAAGAAAACCUUUCUCAGAUCAAAGACUUGGAAGAUGAAAUUGAAAAUCUGCAAAAACAGAUGGAAAUGGAUUCAGCAGCUCGCGAAGAAACUGUCGCAGAUCUUAUUCGUGUCAAAUCUGAAGUUGAAACAUAUGAAAAUAUACAACGAGAACGUCUCAAUAAAUUGGAAUCGGAAAAUCUAAUUUUAGGAGAGAAUCUUUCCUUGAGCAAAGAAAAAUGUGAGUCAUUAGAAAAUGAAUCUAAAAAACAACAGGAGGAGAAAUUGUCCGCAAUGUCACGAAUGGAAAAAGAAAUUGAAUCUCUUAAGGAAGAGUUGUCAUCUUUGAGAGAAGAAAAGGAUUCUUCUGAAGAUACUGCUGAUAAAGAAAUGCAAGAGAUGUUGGAGAAUCAUCGCAUCCUGGUUGAAUCUUUACAGAAAAAGAUGAAAGUUUUAGAAACUGAAAAAGAUGAAAAGUUGAAUGAAUUAGAAUCUGUUAUAGGAGAUUUGAAAUCAGCCAAAUUUCUUGACGAUAAGAAAAUAAUCAAAUAUCAAACGGAGAUUGAAGAGUUGAAACAAGCAUCUGAUUACUCGAAAGUUGAAAAUGAAACUUUGCAAAAGAAUCUGGAUGAAAUGUCUCAAAGUCAUCUUGAUGAAAUUACUAAAUCUCAAGAUACUACUGAUAAAACUUUAAAAAUGUUAGAAAUGGAAAAAGAUAGAUACUCAGCACUAGAAGGAAGACUAAAGAAAGAAGUCAUUGGAAUUGAGAACGAACUUUCAGAAGCAAGAAGUUCAUUGAAGCUUGUGACUGAUGACAAAAUAUUUUAUGAAAAUAAAUAUAAACAAUUUGAAACAAGGAGCCUAGAGUUAGAAGGACAACUCAAAUCUGUGGAGGAAAAUUUGAACAGAAUUACCAAGGAAAAAUUGGAUUUGCAAACUUCUUUCACUGAAGCACAAGAACAAAAAACAAAUGCAGAGGAAAAAUUGAAAGCAAUCCGAUCUCAAUUUACAGAAAAAUACAGAGGAAAGCAAGAAAGGAUUCUUAAACUGGAACAGGAUUUGAAAGAUUGGCAAACUCGUGCAGAUGAACAAACUAAUAAAUACGAUAAUAUCGCUGCAAUGUAUAAUGAGAAACGUAUUCAACUUAACGAAACUGUCAACAGUUUGGAUCAGGUACGAGAGGAAAACUUGGAUUUGCAAGAGGCAGUUCGUACUUUGAAAAUAAAGAAUGAUAUGCUGACUAACAAUAGUUCACAACUUAAUGUUCAAAAAAUUGAAGAAGAAAAAAAAAUCAGACAGUUAUCUGCUGAGAAUCAAAGACUGUCUGCUCAACUUCAAUUUGCUGAAAGACAAAUCAGACAGUUACAUAGUGAUUCAAGAGUAUCAGGAUUCAGACAUUCUACUUUGAUAUCGGAACCUUCGACCAGUGCUGAAGAGGACACGUCAACGUCAAGACGACGUAGCCUCGACUUGCUGUCUGAUGAUAUGUUUUCAAAUGAUAACUUGUUUCGAUGUCGAAGUGACACAUUUCUUGAUUCUCCUUCAACUGCGAAUAAGAAAGCAAGACGUCAAGAUCAAGAACAAUUGGAUGAUUCAUUGGACGAUAUUCUUCGAACACCUGUCAAUCUUCAAUCUCGUGGAAAUGCUAGAAACAAUCAGACAACAAACCAUGCAGCUGUUGAUCGAAGUCACAUGAGUAUUGAGAGUAGUUUACUCAGCGAUACUAUAACAAGCAUGAAUUCAAGGUACUACAGUCAUAGUCAACCUCAGCUUAACACUCACGGCACACUCAAUACGAGUCGAGUUAGUCAUGAAUCUGCUGACAUCAACAUGAAUUCAUCAAACCUGGCAGAAGCAAGUUUCGUAGCAAAUGAAAGUGGGUCACACGCCAACCAAAGAAAUUCAACCAUUCCACGACAACCAAUUUCAUCUCUUGAUCGUCAUUCAAUUAAUGAAUAUAACAGGAAUAUUGGAAAAGAUAUCACACAAACCUUUCAAACUGAAGAAGAACCCGAAGACUAUGAUUUUGGAUCAUUGACUAGACUCGCUGAAUUACAACGCAGAAACGCAGCGACUCUCCCGCAUUUGAAGAGUUCUUAUCCAAUCGAAACUCAGGGACGAACUCCAAGUAAAUGUGAUGAAUCAGUGAGAGUAGGUGAUGCUGAUGGUACAAUGCGUAGAUUCACACAAACAUCUGCUCAGUUACAGAGAUCUAUCGGUGCUCAUGGUAAUGAUGCGAGAAUCAGGAGAAUGACUAUCGAUGUACAUGGUGAUGCCGCUUGGAAAUCAGAAGCAUCUACUAGAAGACAAAUAAGUAGUGUGAGUGAAGUCAAUCAGCCUAAGAGAAAGAAUUCAGACAAAGAUGGAGCUCCAGAAAACCCUCCACAUAAACAAAAUCGUCGUGGGGGAAGUGAUACGUCUGCUUCAGAUUAUGAUCUCAGGUCUCAUAAGAAUAAUGACAAUCAAUGGAAUGGUACAAUACCUCAAGAAGAGGACAAGGAACAAAUUGUUCCAAGGGGGAGAAUGAGCAUGAUGUUUGAGAUUCCAAACUCACCAAGAAAAUCUGUUCUAAGGCCUCGAGGUUCCAAGAAAAGCACAAGUACUGGGACUGACAAACCACAAAAUCAAAAUGAGAGCGGAACAUCGAAGAGAAUAUCUGGUUUGAUGAAAACUCCUGAUCAAUCUAAAUCUUCAAAGAAAAACGUGGAGGAAAAGAGAAGAACUCCAAGUUUGAUGGAUCGUGUGAAACGCCCUCUUGGUAGAUUCAAUUCUAAGAAAUGAGGACUAUUUGUCUUUGGAUAUUGUGAAUUUCGUAAUCAAAAUAUAUUAAUCUUUGUACAUCAAACUGCAUCAUCAUGACUGCCAUUGUUAAAAGUAGCUGCAUGCUUCAAUAUUAUACUGCUCUUAACUGCCACUAUCCUGACUUCAGUCAUUAUAGUUAUAUUUGAUUUUUUUAGCUAUUAUCCUGCAUUUGAUUACUCUUGAUUGUAUGAAGUUUCCACUUUCCCUCGUGAAACAAAACACAUAGGAUGGAAUAGGUUUCAUGGGUGGAUACUGCUAUGCUUCGCUUUAGGCCUGACUGUGGUGACAUACUCUUUCAAUUUUCAAUUUCGUUGUUCCAGUGCUUUUAUUUCUUUCAAAAAAUUUUGUGCUCUCGCUUUGAAAUAUUACUGGUUGUCACUUUUCUUCUGAUUGAUUCGGCUCUGUUGGUUUGAUACUUGGAACUAUGUUAUGUUGCCAGAUAUACAUAUGUCUGUAUUUUUGUAAUGUUGAUUUUAUUGUUACUUAUCGAUUUUAAUCGGUAAGUAUGUUGAUAGGUAUUUGUUUGUUUGUUUGUCUGUUAGAUGCACGCGAUAUCUCACGAAAGCGAGAUUGAAUCUUUUUGUGCUUUGCUCAAACAUGAAUGAUGAUGGUGAUUGUCAAAAUAUGAGGCCAGUUGGAACCUGUAUAGCCCGUUUCCCAUUGUGUACAUUUUUGGACUUGUCUUUGUUGAAAAAAUAUUUUGUCCGUAUAUUGUAUAUAAUUCGUCUUUUUUCUUUUUAAUAAACGUGCUACAUUCUUUAA